AUGGAGGCUGCUCUGAGCUCGCCAUACGCAAUCGAGAAGCUAUUGAAUAGGCUGAAGCAAAGCAUCUAUGCUGCUCGCGAAUUCUCAGGAUUCGCAAAGGAAAGAUGCGCUCUCGAGGAUCGUUAUGCCCAAGGUUACAAGAAGCUUGUGCGCCAUGCUUCCGAAUCGCUACGCAAACCCGAAUCGCGACAGGGCUCGUACGCUCGAAACUUUGACGAGACUCUGAGAGUCAACGAGCGCACGGCCGAGAAUACCUUGCAGCUCGCCCUUUCGUUGCAGACAAUGUCGGAAGAGCUUCGAGAGGUUGCUGAAACCGCUGAAAGAGGUCGUAAACACUGGAAGCAUGCCACAAUCGAUGCUGAAAAGAGACUAUCUGAUGCCGAGUCUGCUCAGGCAAAGGCCAAGGAUAGGUACAACUCGGCUGCCGAGCAAUAUGACAGGGUCAGGACUGGUGAAAAGCAGGGCGGCAAAUUUGGUCUGAAGAACAAAACUCCAGCUCAACAGGAAGAAGCUCUAAAGGAGAAAGCCGAUAUGCUUGACCAAGAUUAUGCUCAGAAAAGUCAGGCAGCUCAAGAACAGAGGCGCGAGUUCGAGGGUUCUACGAAACCUUCGAUCAUCCGAAAUCUACAAGAUCUGAUCAAAGAGUGCGAUGCUGCACUUUCCAUGCAAAUGGCAAAGCUUGCUUCGUUGAGCGAGAAGCACAUUGUCAGCAUUGGCAUGGCAGUUGCGCCUAUCAGAAAUCCAGAUUCGACGGGUCCCGAGCCACGAGGCUUGAGACAGAUCGCUCAGGAAAUCGACGACGAUCGAGACUUCCAAGAUUAUAUGCUGGACGGUGUCGAACCACCUCCCCAAUUCAAGGGGAGAAGUCGAAGAAACACCGACGCUGAACCAAUGACGACGCCAGUCCAACAGAGUACCAACUUUGAUACCAGGCGAUCAUCUGAGACACCCUAUUAUGGUUCCCCAGCUCACGUCGAGUCACAGCCUCCACAAUUACCACAAAUUGGAGGUCAAGACAGCUUCGGUAACAGUUUCGAGUUGCAACGUCCAUCAGCCCAGAAAAGAGACUCCUCGUUUGUUGGCGGCCAACCAGAUACAUUGUCAAAGGUCAACACAGACCAUCGUCAACAGACAGGUAUUAUACAAGAUUCAGCACCAGCAUAUUCCUCUGGCCAAAAUCUUUCUACUGGACCACCAGUUCCACCUUAUGAGCGUACACAAGCACCAGUGAAGACUGGGGGAUACGAUGGUGUCCAUCAACGACAGGAUAGUCUAGGCCCCGCCAAUGUCGACCACACACCGGUCCUGCUCAGGCAAGAUAUGCCUACUUCAAGUCCUCACUACGACCAAGGACCAGUACCAACCAACGCGAGGACUGCUGAUCUCGGUCAUGGUCAGCUAUCAAAUACUACACCUGGUCCAUACUUAGGUCGAGGUGGCCCAGCUCCUGGAAGCUAUAUGGAUCCUGGCAGAAAUUUUAGCUCUUCGCCUAAUACAGGAGCUGGUAGAGGUCAAUUGCCCUCCGCACAGCGCAAUUUACCAAGUCAACAACCACAAAGACCAAUGCUUCCACCAAAUAAACCUGUCUUCGGUAUGCAUUUGGAUGACCUCUUUAGACGUGACGGCACAGCAGUGCCAGCAAUCGUUUUCCAAUGUAUACAAGCAGUUGAUACUUUUGGUCUGAGCACCGAAGGCAUCUAUCGAAUCUCCGGCUCUGCUCCGACAGUAACGCAGCUCAAGUCCGAAUUCGAUCAUGAUUCAAGCCUAGUCAAGCUGACCGAACCAGCCUCUUUCAACAAUGACAUUGCCAGUGUCGCCACACUACUCAAGAACUUCCUUCGCGACCUACCCGACGCGCUCAUGACCAACACAGCCUACCACUCCUUCAUCCAGGCUGCUAAAUACGAGGACACGAUCAUGCGACGCGAUGCUCUACAUCAGUACAUCAACUCCUUGCCUGACCCGAACUAUGCUACUUUGAGAGUACUGGUUCUGCACCUACACAGGGUCAGCAGAAACAGCGAUGUGAAUAAGAUGGACAUGAGGAAUCUGGCCAUUGUCUUCGGACCUACGAUAUUGGGAGGGAAUAAUGUUGCUGAUGCAGGGUAUCACACCAAGGUCAUGGAGACUAUUCUGCAUCACACGCAUGAUAUUUUCGAUCCGGAUGAGUAA